UAGGUUAGUUAGUAUCGUGACUGCGUUGAUAGAGUUCAUAAAGGCAUCGGCGGUGAUCGCGGAAAAGUCGUGUUCUUUCGGGAAAAAAAAACGCACUCGAUUCGUGCGAUCAGACGGAUCAUUCACCUGGGUCAUCUCAUCGGCGGUGUCGGUAUUCAACUGUUGCUGCUGUUGCUGGUGGUGCUUAGGUCGUAUAACAAAAUAAACGGGCUCAAGCCAUUGUUGCUGAAGUGUGCUCCACGUUGAGAAUCGUUGCCGUAGUACCUCCGUCGCUACGUCGUGGUUUACAAAUAUCUUGGCAGGUAGUCAAUUAUGACAGAGUUUGGGAUUUUUUGUUUAAAUGUGAUGGUUUUCAUAUAGGUACUUGGCGUGUGACUGCGUUUAUUGAUAACGCUGUUAUUUUGCGCCAGUUUGUGAUUUGUCGAGUGUGAGAAAAGUGUUCAUAUCAGUUCUCGUAAAUGAUUGAAAACGACGGAAAGUGAGCAAAUAUUUUCGAUUGUAUUAAGUAAAUAUGUGCAUAUCCAAAUUUCAUCAAAUCGCCAUUGCUGGUGUUAGUGCUUGAGCUUUCACUUAUUGGUAAACUAGUUCUGCCCAUGCUAGCCGAUGCGUUGCAUUUACUGGCCAACGAGUACUACCCAGAUAAGCGCUCUAUCGUUCGCUUGAAGUAUCGGGUAGCACCCUCCUUGACACCUCAUCACAUAUAAGCUAGCCGACUAACAUUUGAAAAGAUGGUUCAGUGCGAAACAAAAGUGCUGUGACAAUAGCUUUGUGAAUUUUAACUAGAUCAUAGAUUUUCGAUGAGGUGCGCACGACCAAACACAUUGUAGAAUUUUAUUCAUCCGAUGUGUGCUGACAAAAAGCACUACACUCGAGUGCCAGAUUCUUAAAUCAACAGACAGAUAUUAACGACUCACAACGAAUAGUCGUGGAAGAGGAUUUUGUUUACAUGGACUGUUCGAACUGGAUGCGAGUGGAUCAACGCAAUGUUAGCAAACUGAUACAAUGCGACUAGCCAGUCACAAUCGAAGAAAAAGAAAAUAAGAAAAAUAAACAUCGAAUCAGCAUUUUCAAACAAUGUGACUGUGCCUUUGAGGCGAUGCUGAGGUGUGCAAAUUUGUGCUAGUGCUUAAAUUGCUAAAAUCCUGCCUGUGAUAGUUGGUUACUUUUAUCGACAAAAGAAAUUGUUACGUUGCGUCUAUUGAUUUAAUUGUUGUUGCUUUUAGCAUACUAUAUAUGGUGUUUUUUAUCCUUUAAAAUGUGCCGAUGUUGUCAAAGUUGCUGGGAGGAAUUCUAUUGGAGCUGCAUUGAGGAACGGUUUUGCUAUGAUGAAACGAUUGCAAACUACGAUCCCGAAGAAGAUGAAUAUAUUACAGAGAAGAAAGCCAGAAAUGGAUUUUACAAUCCGGAAGGAUCGAUAGAAAACAACAAUGCACCGAUCUGUCGUCAACCGGCGAGCAUAUCGCGGAAUAUAUCGCUGAGCUCGAAGAUUCACGAGGAUGAUUUGCGUCGCGAGAUUCAAACCAACGUCCCCAUGCUGGCGCCGGAGGUUAUGGCGGUUUUUGCCAAUUCACAAAUUUUUCAGGAGCAUGCUCCAUCGAAAUCGUCCCUGAAAAGUCCAGCAUCGGUCAAGUUUGCCAUCUCACCGGAUUCGUCUACUUUAGAUGCAGCCAUAUCACAAUCGUUUGUUAAGCAGGAUACCGACAGUCUGGAUGCCAAGCGGGAGGACGACUCCGACAAACUAUUGAAGCGCCUGGAAGGCUCUCAACAGGACAUUCGAGAGAGUCAGCAUGGAACAACCCUCGUUAUUCCACAGAUCAUCGAAGAAGACAACGACGAAGAAAUUAUUCUACGUCCACGUACGUUGGCCGAAACGUCCAUCUCGUUAUCAAACUCGGAGCGUACUAUCAAUAAAAACUCCCAACUGCAGGCUCUGCAACCAUAUUUCAACGUCCGUCCAGCCAGCGAAAACGACAUCUUCACAAUUUCGUCUUCUAGUGCUUUUAAUGCCAUAAGCAUGACUCCGGAGGUACCCGCAAUUUCAUUUACACAGCUUCCAAAAUAUUAUGCCGAAACUCCGACGGUGGAAGAUUACCGUGAAUCGCGUAGUCUUUACACGAUUCAAAAAGAUAUCCUCAAUACUUCCAAAGGAGAUUGUACGAUGCCAAGAUAUUAUCGCAAGUCGGACCUUUUCGUUAACCGUAUUGAUCGAAGUCCCCGGGAGGAUAUAGACAUUGCCACCUCUAGCAACUCAAUUAGUUCCACUCCGAACAGACAUGUGGAAAAGAGUAAGCGUUUGAAGAAUAUACGAACAGCGCUGCCACCGCUUAAUCUACAACUGAUCAGAGGAAGCUCAUCGGCUAAUUUGAAGGAGAAGGAGAAACUUAAAACAAAGGACAGUAUUAGAUUGUAGUUUGUAAUCAAUGGCUAAUGCGAUUUGAAAAUAACCCACGCUGGUGAAGGUGAACACACUACUUCUGCAAAGUUCUUUUUUUCAAUUGUUUGUAGUAAACAGUUGUACAUAGUUUUUACUUAAUUUUUUUUAAAGUUCGUUCAAGUUACGCUAAUAAUUUUUAGUACCCUGUGCCAGCAUUAUUAGAAAAAGCAAAUUUUUUAAGCAUAAAAUAUAAAGAAAUGAUGUAAAAACUUCUAUUUGAAAUAUUCUUUAUUCGAAAAGCUUUCUAUUGACUUGCGAAGCGUCUUUCAUGUGUGUGUCAGUUCGACGAAAGAGUAAUGAAUGGUAAUUAAUGAAGGUAAAGUGAUUAGACUAUAUACAAAAUGUUUCUGAUAUUAUAACAUAAAGCUGUAUCAUAAUUAGCGCCAUCUGAAGUGCGGUUACACGACACGAUGAAAAUAGAAGAAAUCAUCCGCCUUAGAAUUUACAAGAAAGCAAAUGAUACUGAGUAAACUGUUGUAAUUUAACAUACUUGUAUACUUCCUCGAAUUAAGAAGUGUUUUUUGGAAUUAUCUUAAGCCUUGGAACUAUCUUCGGCCUGCUUAUAAUUCAUAUCCACGACUAGAACACAGAUAACAGACGCACAAGUCCUGUGUUCAGCUUACCAAACGCUUACAUGCAUUCUAUCUUGCAAGGUAUAAAAAAUCUUCC